AUGAAUGAAAGUGAGUUUGGCUUGAAAUUGUUGUAUCAGUUGUUUAGAGAGGUUGUUUUGUAUGUUGGGGUAGAAAACAUUGUGCAUAUGGUGACUACUAAUGCUACAAAUUAUGUUGCUGCUGGCAAGUUAUUGAUGGAAGAAUUUCCUUCAAUAUUUUGGUCUCCUUGUGCUGCUCAUUGCAUCAACCUCAUACUCCAGGACAUUGGUAAAUUGCAGUCAGUUUGUUGUGUUGUUGAGCAUGCUUCUGGUAUCAUAAAGUACAUUUAUAAUCAUUGUUAUCCAUUGUAUUUGAUGAGGAAGUUCACUAGAGGAAAAGAAAUACUUCGUCCAGCUCCUACUCGUUUUGCUACCAAUUUCAUUGCAUUGCAAAGCAUUUUAGCUCAUAAAGAUGAGUUGAGAACUAUGGUGACAUCUAGGGAAUGGAUCUCAUCUGUUUAUGCUAAAGAUAGCAAAGGAAAAAAGUUUGUUGAGAGUGUGCUAGACUCUCUGUUUUGGGAAGAAUGUGCAAUAAUUGUGCGAAUGAGUGAGCCUUUAAUUCGAGUUCUACGAAUGGUUGAUGGUGAUGAUAGACCUUCGAUGGGAUAUUUGUAUGAUGCUAUUCAUCAUGCAAAAGAAGAAAUGAUGAGGAGAUUUCAAAAGAGAAAGGCUAGAGUGAAACCUUUCAUAGACAUUAUCAAUAAUCGGUGGGAUGGACAAUUUUAUAGAAAUUUUUAUGCAGCGGCAUUUUGGUUGAAUCCUCGAUUUCAAUAUGAUGCAAAUAUAAUGGAUAAACAUAUGAGCACCAUUUCUGGACUUCUAGAUGUUCUUGAGAAGUAUGCACAUGGAAAUCUACCAUUGCAAAAUGAUUGUGACGAUGAAGUUUCAAAGGAGCAUGCUGAUGAUUUAUUAGGUGUUGACGAUAUUAGCUCAAUUCCAUCGAUAUUUGAUCCAAAUUUUGCUCCUAUGGACAUAGAAGAACUUAAUGUGUUCAUUCAACAAAAGUGA